AUGUCUAACCCACUGACGGUAACAGUCGAUACUUAUUCUGCUCUCUCAUUUUCAAGUUCCACAUCUUUCGCUCCUUCUGCUCUUCCUCCAUCUUCUGCUCCUUCCCUAUCUUCCACACCUUCCACGACAACUGACAGCAAUGGACAAACUUCAACUACCCCUGCAACCACAAGUACCACUCCAACAACAACCUCCAUGACAUUUGUCCCGACUACAGUACCCGUCGUUAUUAUGUUCGUCCUUUCUUAUCUCAUGUCUUUUACACUCAACAAAUGCAUACGGAUCAACAGUCAUCAUCACAACAGAGAUAUCCACAACAACCUCAAUCCCUGUCUCAACUUCCUCUUCCUCUUCCACAAACAACUCAUCAAACACCGGCCCAAUUGUAGGUGGCGUAGUCGGUGGUAUCGCCGCGAUUGCCAUCUUCGCUCUGCUCAUCUUCUGCUUACGCCGUCGCAUAAGGCGAGUCGAGUCCGAUGGCAACUUUGGCCCCGAUCGGGGUGGGACUCUCCCCCAAAUCACCCUUACACUGACCAUGGUAGCAGCAUGCGCCAAUACGGAGAAAGCCCCUUCCUACCUGCGGGUGCAGCCGCCGGCGCAGCAGCUGCCGCAAGUAUAAACCGCACGACCCUCCCACUUAGCUCUCCCUCCCAAUACAGCGACACCGCCACCACUGCUGCUAACGGGUACCCCUCUCAGGGCUUCAUUCGCCCAGGCCCGGGCCGGUACCCCCAAGGCGGACCAAACAUGUACUCAAUGAAGGAGAGAGAAGCUGCUUCUGGACGUCAAGGCCUCGACCUCGCUACCCAGCAAGAAGUUGAUGGAGAGGGUUCUGGCGUUGUCCAGCACCAAGAUGCGGGACGGGUGCAUAGUGAAGAAGGCGAACCAAGAGAUAUUCCGCCUGCGUAUGACUCUAUAUGGCAGUAGACUCAUGCAGGGAUUCCAAAAGGUGAUAUUUGAAGUUGAAUGCGUGAUACUACCCCCUCGCCACGUUUCGAUGGACACCUCUUUUGGACGUUCAUACGUAUGUACAGUGCAUUGUCAUUGUCAUCACGAUCUCAGACACUGAUUCCUUGUUUAUUUUCGACACAAGUUGUCGGACGCCGCGAUAUCAUCAGCCAAGUAUAUCAUCUGCAUUUGUUUGAUAGGUAAAGAGACGGAACUUUCGCACACAUCAUUCACCUUAUCUCUCACAUAAACUAGGCACAUCAAGAUGGGGGCGUAGACAUCGGGGACAGCAUUCGUGUUGCAGGUUUGGAUUAAUGAUCUAGAGAGUUGACGUUAUGGUCGCAGGCUGCCAUAACACA